AGUCCGCCAUCCAUCCGUCGUCGACACCAGCCCAACAAUGGUCUCACUCAGGUUAUUCUUUGUAGUCGCCAUAGUCGGAUCUAGUUUAGCAGCUGAAGAAAGUAUAUCCUCCGGUCUCAGGCUAGUUUACUCCGUCUACAGGCAAUGCGAAGAAUCCGAAGAACCCGUCACCUGCCUCAAAGCCAGGGCGGUCAAGUUGGUAGACCGCGCCAUCUCUUCCCCCGCAAUCCCCUUGGUCGAUGGAAUUACCCUUGUAAAGAGGCCUGAGUCGGAAAGAUCGCUGAAAACACCCCUUGAACCCCUGCCCGUCGAUUUGGAAGCUAGGAGCAGCAAAGUCGACGACCUACUCUGGGGCAGAGUCACAUCCUUCUUGGACACACAUUCCGUCCAGUUCAAACUGCCCAACUUCAUCAAGGAUGCCGUCUACGAGAGCGAAGACGGUGAAGGUCGUGGAAAGAAGAAGAAAAUGCUCCCCGCUCUCCUCCUCGGUUUGAUGCUCAAGGGAUCCAUGCUCGCCAUGGCGAUGAAAGGUCUCGCUUUGCUCGCAGCCAAGGCCCUCAUGGUUUCCAAAUUGGCCCUCGUCCUCGCCGGUAUCAUCGCCCUCAAGAAACUCUUCUCGUCCGGAGGAGAAAAGACCACGUACGAAAUCGUCAAACAACCGAUCGUCUCCCAUUCUCACGAAUACUCGUCCAGCCAUGAAGGGGGCGGCUACGAACACGGAGGCUACGGGCGCUCUUUCGACGCCCAGCCCUCUCAUCGCAUGGCUUACAGGGCAUAUGCGCCUAAAACGGGCGAAUAGGCCAGACGCGACUGACAGCGCACACCAAAGAUAUUUAUUGUACAUUCUAUUUAUGUAAUUUAUUGCUCAAAACGACGACUGGAAACGGACUUGACCCAUAGGGACGACCCAAAGACGCAUAAUUUAUGUAUUUAUUUAUUUAAAAUUACA